GUCACCAUUAAGAGACUCGUGUGUUUGUUUUCCUGGAGCUACUUCGGCGAUAUUUCCCAUGUCCCCCUGAUUUCGUGGCAUUUAGCGAACGGUGGUAAUUAAGAAAAUGUCAAUGACUAAGGAAUUUACGCACUUCCCACGAAAGAUGUGGGAGAAGGUGCUGUUGAAGGUAAAGAAAGCUGUUGUUUUUAUGGACGACAAGUGCGCAGAGGCUCUCCACUGGAGCGGAGGGGCUGCCGCCUUGUUGGAGGCUGGAGCCAGAAAUCUAAAGCAGUUUUCAAGCUUCGAAGCAUGCGGGGUGAAUGAGCCCAAAGCUGUGUUUGUGGUGAGCACCUUGUUAAAGGGGAGAACAGUCGACAUCAUUAAAGAUAUCAUAACCCUCAGUCACUUCCAGUACUGCGUUGUGUUCACCACCGUUGCCCACUCCGUCCACUUGCUCGCCAACAAUGUCACGACAGAAAUGGAAAGUAACCCUGUGUUUGAGCAGUUUGAAGAAAAGCUCUGCGAGUGGAUGGGAAACAUGAACUACACGGCCGAGGUCAUGCAUGUUCCAGUGGUCUUCGCGCCUGUGUCGCAGCAGCUGAUUCUCACACCCACCUUUGCUCACUUGUUCCCCCUGCUCUUACCAGACCUGGAGGCAAUAAAUGCAAAACGACCAGAGAAGAAGAGAUUUGGAAGCCUGAAUGAUAUAGACAUACACUCUCUCCCCUCUGAUCUGCAGAUUGCAGUUAAAUCCUUGGCUUCUGCAUUAAAUUCAAUGUUUGAAACUACAGGUACAAGGGAGGAGAGCUUUGCUGUGGGUCCAAUGAGCCGCAUCAUUGCAGGGGAACUGGCUAAUCAUCCUCAGGCAAAAAACCGAAGGAAGACGGCCCCGAAUAAAGCAUCAAUCAUCUUUGUUGACAGAACGAUGGACCUAACAGGUGCCGUUGGCCACCAUGGCGACAACCUGGUGGAGAAGAUCCUGACUGUGCUAAAACUCUUACCUGGUCAUGUGACGGACGUGCAGGUGGACAUGCUGGAGCUCACAAGUCUGCAGAGAACCCCUCACUCCGAGAACACAGUGGCACCUGGCUGUCUCGCACAGAUCCAGCCGCCUGCAGCAAAGUCACUGUGGGAGGCCAUGCUGACCAGUAAGCAUAAAGAGGGGGUGAUGGAGGUCCGGCGACAACUGGUGGAAGCGGCCAGCAAGGAGAAGCUGCCAAUCAAGAUGAGCAUGGGCCGGGUGACCCCCGAGCAGCUGUGCUCCUACGUGCAGCUGUUCCGAAGUAGUUGGGGGGCGCUAGAGAGUCACUGCGGGGUGCUCCAGCUGGGCCUGGCCACGGCUCAGGCGCUCCGACACCCCAGCCUGCCUCGCUGGGACGCCUGCUUGGCCUUCGAGAGGCUGCUGCUCCAGGCUCUCGGAGAUUCUGAUUUCCCUGCUGUGCUGAGGCAGCUGCUGCCCUUGAUGAAGCCCCGGGAAGGCGAGGCCGGUUCGCCCUCAGGGUCGAGGCUCGGGGAGGACGAGUGCGGGCCCGAUGAGCUGAUCCUCCUGCUGGUCUAUCUGUACUCCCUGGCUGAUGAGGCACAGCCCGCAGACCAGGGCACGGAGGAGGCGGAGGAGGAGCUGGAGAAGCUGGAGAGGGAGCUCAUAGGCCGGCUGACCCUGGUCAUCAACCGAGAGAGAGAACUCAGCCCUUUGCUCCAGAAACUUACAGGCUGUGCCAGCGUUGAGGAGCUGACCACGGAGCGCACCCAUUCUGCAGUGGAGAAGAUGUUCGAGACCCUCCGAGGCUUAAGCCACGCCAGGGACCACCUGAAGCAGCUGCACUCCGUCUACACGCCCAGCGAUGGAGUUCACCAGGCCACCUAUCGUCCAUUCCUGCGGCAGAUCCUGGAGGAGGUCUUCAACCCCGACAGGCCCGAAUGUCCCGACAUCGAGCACACGUCCGGAGGCCUCACGGAUCUGCUGAAGACCGGCUUCAGCAUGUUCAUGAAGGUGAGCCGUCCACAUCCCAGCGACAACCCUCUGCUCUUCCUUUUUCUGGUCGGUGGAGUCACGCCCUCAGAGCUUCGCCUCAUCAAAGAGAUGGUUACAACACACAAACCAGGGACCCAGGUGCUGGUGCUCUCCACCCGGUUACUAAGGCCGACGGAUAUCCCCGAGCUGCUCUUCUCCACCCAAAGGCUGGCGCCCGAUAUCGGUGUCUGAGCCGCCGUCACGUGGACGCGCCAGCCAUGAACAGGUGGACGGACUCGUGCGCCGCAGACAUCUGGUUGCUCAGGUGCGAGGAGGAGGAGGAGGAGGAGGAGGUGCGAGGAGCCACAUGUGUGUUCACAGCCGCAAGGUGAAAUCAAGCUAACGACACCGAAGAAACAAAGCGACAUUCCUGCCCCGCUCACGUCAGCUGCAAAGUCUGACAGCAAACUCAUGUCUCUACGUCUGAACAAUACGUCCCUGGUACUGUUUGAAUAAAGUUCCUUUUCAGA